GGGAGAAAAAUAAAAAAUGUUGAAUUUAAGACACCGAACAAUGAAGCUUUUGUGUCAACAAACUUGGAUUGCCUUUAUGAUCAUAUGUCUGAAAAAAUCAUAAAAGAAAGCGAAGAUUUUGAGGAAAAAGAUUCUGGGUGGAGUCUAGACGAAAUUUUGCGUUUAGAGGUUAGAACCAACCGCUACUCGCCAUUAAAAGGAUCGACGUUCAUCGAACUACCAAAAUGGAUUAGUGAUACCAAGGCAGUUGUGAAUGUGAAAAAUGAAGACGUGCACUGCUUCAAAUGGUCGAUACUUUCAGCUAUUUAUCCUGCAAUUAACAAAACUUCAAGUUAUGCUUCCUUCGAAGAAAAUGUUAAUUUCGAAGGUAUAUCAUUUCCGACCCCUCUUAGUGACGUGAAAAAAUUUGUAAAAUUGAAUAAUGUUUCGAUUAACGUAUAUUCUUUUGAAAAAGAUUUAAAAAUUUUCCCACUCUUAGUUUGUGACUCUGAAUUAACCCAACAUGUCGAUUUGUAAUACAUACCAAAUAGUAAUGGCUGUGGCCACUAUUGCUGGAUAAAAAAUUUAUCACGGCUUGUGUCUAAGCAACUAUCCAAUCAUGGACAUAAAAUAUAUAUAUGUAAAAGAUGUUUAUCAAGGUUUGAAUUAGAGAGUAAACUUCUGCGUCACAAGGAAAUUUGUGACGAAAGAAGCCCUGCCAGAGUGGUGAUGCCAACAGAACAAAGUAAGUUUUUAAAGUUUAAAAAUUCUCAACACGCUUUAAAAAUACCGUUUGUUAUUUAUGCGGAUUUUGAAUGUUUAACUUCUAAAAUUGAUAGUUGUUUCCCAGAUUCUGAAACUUCUUUUACUAAUAGUUAUGAAAAACACAUACCAAUUAGCUUUUGCUAUUUUGUUUGUUACGACGGGGGGCACUAUCGGGGUGAGGAUGCGCAAGAAAUUUUUGUUAAAAUGAUAGAGAAAGAAGCAAUAGAAAUUGAAAAAAUAUACAAACAACCGAAACCUUUAUUACCUCUUUCCGAUGAAGAAAGACAGGUUUAUGAAAAUGCAAAAACGUGUUACGUUUGUAACGAAUACUUUAAGGAAAAUAACAGAAAAGUCAGAGAUCACAAUCAUGUUACACAAAAAUUCAACGGCGCUUGCUGUAAUAACUGCAACCUAUCUAUGAGAACCCCAAACUUUGUCCCCAUAUUUUUUUCAUAAUCUUGCUGGAUAUGAUGCUCACAUUUUUAUUAAAGAGUUAGGAUAUGAUAAAAAGCCGAUAAGAUUAAUACCUAACACAGAAGAAAAAUACAUUUCUUUUAGCAAAAAGAUUUCUAAUGACUUUGAGCUCCGAUUCCUUGAUUCUUUUAAAUUUAUGUCGUCAAGUUUGGAAAAUUUAAUUAAAACACUGAAAAAAGAAGAAUUCUAUUAUAUGCAAAAAUACUUUGCACCCGAAAAAGUAGAUUUACUAUUAAGAAAAGGAGUGUUUCCAUAUGACUAUUUCGACAGCUUCGAAAAAUGUAAUGAUUCUUCUCUCCCCACAAUAAAUCAUUUUUACAACGAGUUAAACGAAGAAAGUAUCAGCAUUGAUGAUUAUAAUCACGCUCUUAAAGUUUUUAACGAAUUUAAAUUAAAAAAUCUCGGUGAAUACUGUGAUCUUUACAUUAAAACAGAUGUAAUUUUAUUAACUGAUCUUUUCGAAAAUUUUCGUAAAAUUUGUCUUAAAACAUACAAACUUGACCCCUGCUGGUAUUUUACCGCUCCAUCACUGUCAUGGGAUUCAAUGUUACUCCUUACAAAAGUCAGCAUAGAAUUAUUUACAGAUUACGAUAAAUUAUUAUUUAUUGAAAAGGGGAUUCGUGGUGGAAUGAGCCAAUGCAGUAAUCGAUACUCGCGUGCCAAUAAUAAAUAUAUGGGCAAUGAUUACGAUCCUUCAACCCCGAAUAAAUACCUAGUGUAUUUGGACGCCAACAAUCUCUAUGGUUGGGCCCAAUGCCAAUAUUUGCCUUUAAAAAAAUUUUUCCUGGAGCUCGAAUCUCGAUAUAAACGUAGAAAGUAUAUCUGAUACAUCCGAUAUCGGAUAUAUCCUAGAGGUUGAUAUGGAAUAUCCAGAUCUAUUACAUGAUAGUCACUCCGAUUUUCCACUAGCACCAGAAAACUUGAUACCCCCAAAUUGUAAAGAAAAACGAUUGCUAACCACUUUAUUACCAAAAUCAAAAUAUGUCGUGCAUUACAGAACUUUAAAACUUUAUUUGAAACAUGGCCUGAAACUAACAAAAAUUCAUCGUGUUUUAAAAUUCGAUCAAUCUCCCUGGCUUAAACCAUAUAUAGAUUUAAACACUAAUUUAAGGACGAAUGCUACAAAUAACUUUCAUAAAGAUUUUUUUAAAUUGAUGAAUAACAGUAUAUUUGGUAAGACAAUGGAAAAUGUGAGACGGCGCGUUGAUAUACGACUUUGCACUUCAGAGGAGCAAGCCCGAAAAUUAGUAGCUAAACCCAAUUUUAAUCGACGAACAAUAUUUACAGAUAAAUGCAUGGCUGUUCAUCUAAGAAAAACCAAAAUAGAAUUUCUAAAACCAAUUCAUAUUGGUAUGGCUAUUUUGGAUACAUCUAAAUACCUUAUGUAUGACUUUCAUUAUUCUGAAAUCAAAAAUGAUUAUGGUGAAAACGUAAAAUUAUUGUAUUCUGACACUGAUUCCUUAAUCUAUGAAAUAACCGCUGAUGAUAUAUAUGACGAUAUGAGGAAAAAAAUCAAUUUAUAUGACACGUCUGAUUAUGAGGAAAAUAAUAUUUAUAAAUUACCUUUAAUAAAUAAGAAAGUUGUGGGUAAAAUGAAGGACGAAAAUAAGGGGGAAAUAAUGACUGAAUUUGUGGGAUUAAAAUCCAAAAUGUAUGCCUAUAAAACAAGUAACAAAACCGAAAAGAGAUUAAAAGGUGUUAAAAAGCAAGCUAUAAAAAAUAAGAUCACUUUUGAUGAUUACAAAGAAUGUUUAUUCAAUCAACAACUUAAAUAUGUAGACAUGAACUUAAUUCGAUCAAAAUUUCAUGAAAUAAAUUCUGUAUAACAAAACAAACUGGCUUUGUCAUUUAGAGAUGAUAAAAGACAUAUUAAUGAUGAUGGCAUUUCCACUCUGGCUCUUGGGCAUUGGUCUCUAAAAAAUAUGGAUGUAUUUGAAGAGUUGUAAUGAAAAAUGCAUUAGCAUGAUUGUGUGUUGAAGCAGCAGACUUGCUGA